AUGCCACGCAAGGAGCAACGAAACCGCCAUCAUCCGAAGCAACGAUCGCUUCCAGCCCAGCCUGCGCCAACGGCUCCGUCGGACCGCGACCACCCCGAGUCGCCACCACCACUGACGCCCAUCCAACGGCGACCUCACACAGCGAUGGACGCCCAGAGCGCACCACCGCCGCCGGCAGCCACUGGUCAGCGAUCCCGCCCGGCUGCAAAGCCGACCAGUGCUGGGUCACCACCACCGUUGGCCUCAAUCCGGCAGCCAAUCACCGUCGACGAUGACGGGACACCGCCGCUAACCGCAGUGGAUCUGCCGAUCCAGCCAGCCACGACGAUCAGUACGACGCCGCCCGCUAUCGUCCUGCUGGAGUCAACGCCGCUGGUGGUCUCCACCGGGCCCCUAUCCUCGCCGAGGAUCAGCCCGAUACCACCGCUCUGGCUCACCCUGAGCCCCUGA